AUGUUGAUCGAAGAAGAUAGUACAUUGCUACAACAUCGUCUUAGAUCAGCGAAAUCAUCAUCAAUAUCUAAUUUACUUCAUGAAAUGAUUGAUGAUAUUGACGCAGAUGUUGGAAAAUUAAAUGAAGCUAUGGAAAUAUCUCCAACAACUUGCUGUUCAUUGAAUGAAAUGGAAAAAUUAAAACUAUUGAAGAAUGACAUAAUUCAUCGAGCUAUUUUCACCAACUGCAAAAAGAUUGGAAACUUGGAUACAGCCAUACAAAAUGCACAGAGUAGAUUUUCGCUAAAGAAUAGAUUUAUGUACUCAACACUAGAAGGACAGAAAAUAGUACUCGACGCUAUUGAAACUCGUCAAUUACAUAUAAUUAAACAUGCAAUCUAUAUCAAACAAUAUCGACUGGCACCUCAAUCGAAGAGCAAUGAUAAUCCACAACAUCAGCAGAUUUCACUGAAUUAUUUGCAAAAAUAG